AUGAACCAUCUUCAGCAAUACAUCACUCCGCUAAUUGAGCAUCCUGUUAUUCAGGACGUUUUGAACAACCCAAACGUGAAGAAUGCGUUGCAAACAGUUAGAACCAACGAGAAUCUGUUUGUUUACGGCGUCUUGGGACUGACGGGAGCGCUUGUCUUGAAACAAGCGUUGAGUCCCACAAAGACGAAGAAGACGAAAAAGUCCGGGAAAAAGACCAAGAAACAACAACCGGUUGUUGUCAACCCACAGGAGGUGUCCAAGACCCAGAUCGAGCAGAUUUUGGCCGAUUUCAACACUAACUACGUUCCGGCUAUUGACGAGUAUCUCGAGCAAUUAAAGGUUUUAUUGGCCGCGCCAGAACCAUCAAAGAAAAAGGGCAAGAAGAAGACCGCAAAGAAACAAGCACCACCCCAGGUUUCCUACAAAGAGAAGUUGGAGUACCAAUACUUGUACUUCAACGAGAACCUGUUGAAACUGUUGAUGAAACUGGACUCGGUGGAGAUCCACGAGAAUCAAGACCUUCGUCUUCAACGCAAGCAGGCCAUCAAGGCUAUUCAGGGAUAUUUGAAACAAUUGGACUCGUUCAAGCCAGAUAUCGACAAACUUACCAAAAAGGGCUACUAA